UGCGUCUUGAAGUUAUUGUUAUAGGUGAGUUCACGCACCUAAAUUAUUACGUCGAAUACCUAUUGUGUGAUGGACUUGAAAGGAGCUUCUUCAUCAACUUAGGAAUAGGAAACAUUCAGCAUUUCACUAAUGGAAGUAUUUUUCGUAAUGGAAUGACAAGAUUCUGUGAGUUGGACACGUCUAUAGUGGGACUCUGAAAUGUGAAACCUUUUGUAGCUGUGUCUUUGUAGUCUAUGUGAUUUCUAGUGGCCAGUACAAAUCAAGUCAAUAUGUUUUCCUACAUGAUGCAGUCCCUGAAAUCGGACAAAGGGUGUUACUUUAUUUUGGGACUACUGCUCUUUUUAUACAUCAUCAUAAUGGAUAUUAUUCUCUACUGCUCGCUUCAAAAUACUACGCUAAUCGAUCAAAAACACGAGGGGUCGUAUUCUCCUUUCUCCCCCCUCUCAACCAAGCUGCUUAUGAGCGAUCCUAUUCAACAUUACAUAAUCAAUCCAACGUCGGAACGCUUUGAUGAAAUCACCAGAUUCAGCAAGAUUUUCUAUUUUAUCUCGCCAAAUAUGAUCAGUUUUACCCAUCUUUUUCUUGCUUUGGUGGCAGCAAAGUUUGUCUCCUCCGACUCUUUGAGAACCAGAAGACUCGGGGUACUGGUGUACGAGUUCCGAACCUGGCUAGACAGUUUAGAUGGGGUGGUUUUCCGUAGUCAUAAAAACCAGCAGCACGAAUACAAGUCCCAUCAUGACAGUUGGGGAUUUUUGAUCGAUGCUGGAUGUGAUAUAACAGGGGGAGUCAUUUUCUCUUUUGGAGUGUUAUUUUAUUUAUUCAAAAUGUCGCCGUCCUUUUUCAAUAAGUACAAGGAGGAAGGCAGUGCUACUUUACCUCUUACCAAAGCAGAAAAUGGCUAUAGCAGUGGGGAGAAAACCAAUGGGAAACCCAGCAAGAAAAUGAUUUUUUGGAAAUGUCUGUGCUUUGGAAUGCAGGUAUUCUUCUCUUCAGGAACUUGGGACAAGCGGGUAGAACAGUAUGGCGAGACUUAUGCAUCUAAGUUAGAUGCACAAAAAACUGUGAAGCAGACGGCAUCGUUGCAUACAUUGAGUACAUGGCUUAUUCUGUAUGUCUGGCGAUAUAUUGAUGGCCAGGCACUGUUACAGUUAUAUUGUCUGAUUAUAUUUAUGGACAAAGUUUGGGAGUUCUUAAAUUUUGUUCAGUAUGUUGGAUUUGGUGUAAUUUUGUUUAUCAAUGUCAUCUCAGAGAUACAUCUUCGACGUGUAAGAGAUUAUAUUGGGCUCUGAAAAAAAAGGAUGGCAUCACAACAGUUCCUGCACAUUAAUGCAUUCUGCUGAUAUUUAAAGGUAGUUUUAAAUACUUGGACUAGUCUUGACUGAAAAUUUACGGUAUACACAUGUAUGCUUUUUUUUUCUUUUUGUGUGUAAAAAUGUAUUUUUGUGAUAUUUUAUAAUGAUUGUGUAUGUAUUGGUGCUGAAAUUAUGGGGACCCUUUCUUUGAUUUUAUUAAUUCUUCUUAUUUUUGACCAUUAAUUAAUGGUACAACUUAAAAAAAGAACUGCUCUGAUAUAAA